CACUUUUCUAGUUCAUAAACUUAAGGACUAGAAUAGAAGAAAUUUUAACAAUGUAGACUAGAAAUGUUAAGAACUUUCUCCCCUCCUGCACCCAGCUUUCUUCCCCCAAACCCCAUCUUUUUUAUCAGUGUUAUCACCGUCCGAUUCUCUCACAUAAAAGCAGCCAUAUUUUUUUCCCCAAUAUUAUAUCCCCUGUAAUAAAUAUAUAUUCCAGUACCAUAUAUAAAAUUGCUCACUCCUGACUCCACCGAGCCCUGCUAUUCUAGCUUCAUACUCGAUUCUAACAUUUACUGAGCGGAUUUUUUGAAUUCAAUUUCACUCCUUUGGUUGUACUGUUAUUAAUUGGUGGGUUUUGGAAGAAAUUUCGUUUGGGGUUUACUGGUUUUUUUGUUGGUCCGAUUAAAGCAUGAAGGUCCAUCCGGUGCCGAGGAAGCGGAACAUAGCCUUCCGGUAUGACAUCGCAUCCAGUCUCUCUCAGGCGAACGCCAUAGCCUGCCGGCAGAAGAAGCUCCGGAGGCUGCCUCACAUAUUCGCGAAAGUUCUCGAGCUUCCCUUUCACUCCGAUGCUGACGUGUCGAUUGAGGAGACCGCCAGUUAUCUUAGGUUCGUGGUUUCUACGGACGAUGUCGGUAACGACGUCAGGGCCCACACGCUGGAGAUCUACCCUGGUGUUACCAAGAUUUUGAUCAGGGAAAACGAUGAUGUCGGUUCGUCGCUUGUGGAUGAAUUGGAGUUCGACAUGUGGAGGUUUCGCCUGCCGGCGUCCACUGUGCCGGAGAUGGCCACCGCAGCUUACACCGACGGGGAGCUGGUUGUCACUGUACCCAAAGGCGGCGAUGGAGUGGACAACGAUGAAGCCGAAGAUGGUGAUAUCGGUGGAGGGGCAGGACACCUUGUUCUUGUACAGUAACUUUUUCACCCCCCCACAAAAUUGUUUACUCCUUCACUCUCUUUUAUGCUCAGAUUUGAGAGUAGCUGGAUGCUUUUAUGUUGAUUUCUAAAGGAGAGCUCACCAUCACUGCUAUGAGCUAAUGUUUUGCUUGUUCUGUUCUUCCAGCUACUUUGAACUUCGUUUAGUUGAAAAUAAUUCCAUCAUGGUUGGGCUUAGUGCAGUUUUUCCUAAAUUGCAAUAAAGUUGUCAAACCAGAGGUUGUAUAUUUGAAGAAGAAUAUGUCUUCUUUAUAUGACCUUCAUUCAUCAGAAAGAGCGUUGCCUUUGAGAAUGUUGACUGAAAUAUCAUCUAUUUUUCUCUAGAAUUGUAGAUAAGAGCACCGAAGCAAAUUUAGUUGUCGCAAAUUUGAAAGGAAGUUUGUUACCAUGGACGCCUGCUGUUCUUGUAUAUCAUUCUUGGAAUUGUUUAUUUUGACUUUCUUUGCUGAACUCGCUAUAGGUAUUAUCUUAUGUGAACUAAGAAUUUUGCAUAGGUUUUAUCUUUCAUCGUUGCCGUCUAAUGGCCUCCUCUCACUGUUAAAUUUUUGUUUCAGUGUAGCUCUUGACCUGACAUUGCACAAUUUUACCCACUGGAAGUCUUCUGCUUUAACUGAUUAGUUGUUUUCUUUUUGCAAUCUCCUCUAUGCUAUUUGAGGGAAGCUAAUAUGAUCUAUUAUCCAUCCAAUGUGGCCACUUUACUCGUGUAUAGCUAUCAAGAAACUGUGAUUUCAUAGGGACUUAAAUGCUACAACCUUAGCAUAGUAGAAUUCUGCCCAAGGUAUUAACUAGUUUUAGGUUCCUGUUGCAAGACCUAAAAGGUGAACUAGAUCCAUUUUCUAGAGUUAGAAUGGGUGGUUUGUCUGAUAAAAUUGUGAAAUCUGAAGGAUUAAGCUGACUAUAUGAAACCUAGGACAAGUUCUGGGGAUACUUUACAUUGGGAACGAUAAAGUAGUUGAUGCUAAUCAGCAUUAAUCUCUUUGGUACUAUUGCUAAGAACCUUGUAUUUUUGUGCUGUUGGAAAAGCUUCUUCAUCUCCGUAAAUGUUGGCGUUUGUAAAUGCUUUAAUACAAGGCAUCAUGUGCUUUAAAAUCUUUGACUGCAUCUCCCGACACUGAUGUGUCUUUAUCAUUCUCCAUACCACUCAAUUAUCUGUAUGAAUAGCAGUGGGGAAUAAAUGGGGAAGGUGGUCACUGUUUCUUUCACAUUUGCUUGACCUAACAGUGUCAUGUGUCCUUGCAAUUAAAUUUCCUAGCUUCUCCCUAUUUGUGCUGGUCUUGAUGUUUGAGUUAGGCUUGAAAAUUGACAAUACCAGGAAAGCCUAAAUGACUUUUGGCACCUGGAGAAGAAUUAUUCAGCUGACUGGCUUCCACAAGUGCAUGUUCAUCUGGUAGUUUUCAGUCGAACCGGUUUGAGGACACAAAGGGACAAACCUACUGAUCACUUGGUGUAGCUUGUUCUUUAGAUUGCACUUGUAGUUUUUCUUGGAAACUGGUAACUGGCAGCUGCAAAGCAUUUUCCCUGAUGGUGUUUGUCAUUGUAGUAAUCUACCAUCUUCUUCAUAUCCAUCUUGAAUUCUUGAUCUUCCACUUCGUAGCGUGUUCCCUCAUUGUUUGAGGCGGUUAGAGGUGGUGGUGGUGAGGGAUUAUGCUUGUUUGGUUGGGUUUUUUCAUUACGUUUGAAUCGAUGGGCUGUGGGGUCUUGAAUUUGUUCUUUACUUUCCUUGAACCUCUGCCAUUGCCAGUGUAUGUGGUGGUUGACGAUCGACCUUGGCUUCCAUGGUGACAAAAAGAUAGGAUAGGGAGAACUCCUCUGCAGAGCUUACAAUUUUAUUUAUUUAUUUAUUUGGUUAACAGAGCUUAUAAUUGAAGAUCAAACAAAGUGAAAUUUCAGUGUCCGUGAUUUUGUGAACUCCACCAGUUCUGAUAAUUUUUUCAUAAAGUGCUUAGAAAUUUAGCUUCAGUUUUGCUUUCACUUUUUUUAUGUAAGUGAAUCAUGCCUUCUAAUUUGGAGCUGAAUGCGAGGUGGUAAAGAACACUUGGAAAAGAAAAUCAUCAAACCCUUUUGAUAGUGAUGAUGAUGAAAAGAGCGAAUUUUUUGUGUGUUGGAUUUAUGGCUUUUUGUUGCUGAUUCAAGUAUCUGACUCACUUUCAACUACAAGUUUUGAGUGGACCAUAUCAUCUUUACAUUUGCAACUUGGUCAAAGGCACAUAUUCUGUUAUUGAGGGUACUCGUGGAGC